GAAUGAAGUGUUAUGGUGCAUUUCAGUCAAUAAUGGAUAUGUUUUUUAAUUUAUUAAAUUAUUGGUCAGUUUCUAUUUCUUUCUGUGAUAUAAUAAUAUGCUUUUAAAUUAAUUAAACGUACGAUGGUGUGGUGAAUAUGGAUACAGUAUUUAUUGAUACUACUUAAAUUUUAUUGAAGUAAUGACAUUAAAGAAAAGUACAAAAAUGUCAACAAAAUCACAAAUAACUACGGAAUUAAGCGACAGCAUAAGUAAUGUAUUGGGAAAAAAUGUAAAAAUACUCUAUAAAUCUUUAAUUCGUAUGGAAUCAAGAGGCGAUAAAGUGGAUAACAGGGUCCUUGUUGUGACUGCUUUUAGGAUUUUUAUAACAACAACAAAAGUUCCAACAAGGGUGGACAAUGGAUUUCACUUGAUGGAAAUAGAGGCACUGGAGAGUAAAAAAGCUAAUCAUCUAUCAAUUACGUUAAUUCAUGAACAUAAGCCUGUCUCAAUUCUCAUUGGCGAAGAGGGGUCACCAGAUGGGGUAAUUAAUGCUAUUCACGCUUUAGCCGCGGCGUUUGAUGAUCUGUUUCCCAACGUUGCUAUGGAGGACAUUAUAUCCAAGGUCAACUUACCUUUUCAAAUACAACCAGUAAGCGGUACGCGAAAACAUUCGACUUGUGGAGAUUUUUCUAAUCAAUAUGCUGCUAUGUGCGAUCUUUGUCAAACACCUUUUAGGGCGGAGGUUGCGUGGGACAUCGACACGAUAUAUUUGGCUCACGAUAUUAGAAUGUUGCAUUUAAAGGACUUCGAUCAUUUGGAUCAGAGGGACCUGAUUCCGUUGCUGAUCGCGCUGCAGCACAACACGUGGUUCGAGGGCGUGUGCGGGGACGGCGUGCGCGUGGGCGGCGAGGCGUGGGAGGCGUUGUCGCGUGUAGUGCGCUGCGCCGCCCCGCCCCCGCAGCGGCUCAGCUGGCGCGCAGCUGCGCUACGUCACGACCACGCCGCACGUCUCGGACACGCCCUCGCGCGCGCACGCACGCCACCCGCCAUGCACACGGUUGACUUCUCACAGAACCAUAUUGAAGACAAAGGUGCCAUGAGCAUUUUAACUGGUCUGGCGAACAACCCGGACGGGCUGCGUCACAUCGCGCUGUCGCAGUGCGGCAUCACGGGCAAGACGGUGUCGCACCUCGCCGCCAUAUUGAACGACACUCCCUGCCAUCUCAACACAUUGUCACAUCUAGAUCUCUCUAAUAAUAACCUAAAAGAUGAUGUACAUAAUCUAUAUAAUUUUUUAGCACAACCGAACGUGUUGACACAUUUAAAUUUGACUAACACAGAGACGACGCUAGAGAAUAUGUGGGGGGCACUGCUACGCGGGUGUGCAGCGCGGUUGUCGAGUCUGCUGGUGGGACGCAACCCGUGGUCGACGGCGCGCCGCCCGCGAGACCCGCCUCCCUCCUUCCGUCAGUUCUUCACCGCCUGCCUCGCGCUCGCUGACCUAGACUUCUCCUACUGCAAGAUGCCGCCUGAUGUUCUCAAGAGCCUGUUGCUGGGUCUGGCGUGCAACGAGAGCGCUGCGGGCGUGAAGCUGUGUCUGUCAGGUGUGCUGGCCUCCGCGCAGGCAGCACAUGUGCUCGAGUCCUGCAUACACGGCGUGCGAUGUCUGCAGUCACUAGAUCUCUCAGAUAACAGUAUGGAAUACGAAUUAUCUGGAAUUGUACGCGCCAUUGGAAAGAACCAUUCGAUUACACAUUUAUCACUAAGUAGAUUGACUGGGAAAAGGUCAUACGCUCCGCCUUUAAUACAAGCUUUGGUACACGUUCUUCAAGAGCCAGAUACAGCGUUGACAUCACUUGAUUUAAGUGACUGUAAACUGAAGGGUGACUUGUACGGUUUAUUGAACGCGCUGGGCGGAGCGCGGCGGCUGCGGUCGCUGGACGUGGGCGGCAACGUGGCGGGAGACGCGGGCGCGCGCCUGCUCGCCAAGGCGCUGCAGUGCAACUGCACGCUGCACACGCUGCACAUCGACCGCAAUGCCUUCAGUCUGCAAGGUUUGACGGACAUAGCGACAGCACUGCGGCGGUCGGUGAGCGUGCGCCGGGUGGAGUUCCCCGGCUGCGACGCGGCGGCGGGCGGUCGCGGCGCCAGCGAGCGCGUCGCCACUCUAUGGCGGGAUCUGCACGAACGUUUGUCGAGCAACAGUACGUCGGCGCAGUGCUACCGGCUGCGCGCGUUGGCGUUGGAGCGCGCGUGGGCGGGUGGCGAGGCGGCGGCGGCGCUCGCGGCGCAGGCGGCCGCCGCGCUCCCCCCCGCGCCCCUCCCCGCCGCACUCGAGCGCGCCGCCGCCGCCGCACACCAUCUGCUGCACCAGUACCUGCAGCGUUGCAGUGAGGUGUUCGCGGCGAUGGGCGGGGCGGGCGCGGGCGCUGCGGGCGAGCUGGUGACGCUGCAGGCGGUGCGCGACGCGAUGGCACCCUGCAACACCACGCUGCAGGAUUUGCUCAAUGAAGCUGUAGAGAGUUUAGCACUGACGGCUUGCGAGAGUGUGGACAACGCGGACACGGACCCCGCGCCCAGCUCCGAGGUCGACAUACCGGACCUGCUCACGCCCAUCUCACAUUCUGGGGCGACGCCGUUGGGUUGCCGUCGUCGCGAGCGUGUACGUCGCGUGCGACCCAAGUCGGUCGCGGAGCAGCAGUGCAGUAGCAACGAGAUGUUGUCAUUACCACCGCUGCACGCGGAGGCUGCGGACGCGCUCGCGGACCUGCCCGCGCACACUCUUAGACAUCUCGUUAAAGGUCGUCCGCGAAGGGUAAAAACCCGGGCUCCUACUCGACCUAUCACCGAUCAGUCACAGGACAUUGAUGAAGGUCUGGAGGAGUUCUGGCGCACGUGCCGCACGCCGCCGGGCAGCGAGGAGGCGUCGCUGUCUGCGCGCACGCCGCUCACCUCGCGCUCCCUGCACUCGCUCUCCUCCCUCGCCUCCCCCUCCCCCGCCUCGCCCUCCCCACACCCCGCCUCGCCCUCGCCCUCGCACUCGCGCGCGCGGCACUCCCCCACGCUGCAGCGAGACGACACCAUGUAUAGCGUGACGUCAGGAGAAAGUACACCGGUAUUAUUGGAAUGUGAAGUAUCUCGCUGCAAGUCUUCAGACAACGUGGGCACACGCGCGCCCACUACACCGCCGCCAUCGCGCUCCUCCGACAACGUCAACACCAUGGGCAACGGGUGCGUGCGCGGCGUGGGCAAGGCGCGGCCGUGGUCCGUGGCCGGCGUCAACGCGGACCCCGCCGCUGGCGCCUGCACCACAGAGGGCGUGGAGGCGUGCGUGGGCGGCAGCAUCGUGGGCAUCACCCCCGGCGCCGCACUAACCAGCUCAAUGUUACGAGAUCAUCCAUUAACACCAGAUGGCGCGGAGACGUAGACGAGGAACAGUUGGAGACAUCCAAGUGAUAAGAAGGAGCAGGGUUUAAUGUCCAAGUGUAAACGGUUGUUAAGUGGAUUGUAUUCACCGAAGCUCACAAUUGUGCCAGUUAGAAUUGUAGACUAUUUAGACUAGUUGUUGGCGUACAACAGAGCUAAGACUACUUUAACUAGGGCUGAAUCUAAGAUGUAAAGAGUGGUGACCGCUCUAGACAUCGGUAACAAGAGACGCAUAAAUUAUGACUGCCCUAAACGAGAAUGUAAUUUGUUUUUUCGUCGUCCUCGAAUAAAAUAUCUUUUUUUUUUCUUGGCGAGGAAUAAUUGAAAGUAUCUUCCAACUUUGAUUUAAGCAGCAGUUACACCCUGUCAGGUAUUUUACAUUCUCGAAGUUUCUAUUCGAAAAUAGUUUUUUUUUUGACAAAUCAAGUCUCCCAACGUUAUAUUUCAUCCGUAACAUAUAGAAUUCGGUUUUCAUUACAUUUGUAAUAUUAAAGU